AAUUUUUUGAUUAGAUUGUUUUGUUUUUUCUUCUUUUCUGUCAUGUACAAUACAUAGUAAUAGUAAUAAUUUUAUUAAUAGAUUUUAGGCAAUUUUAAUUUAAAUUUUCAUAAAAUUUUCAAGUGAUGAUCGUACUUUGUAUUACUCAUCUCACGUAACAAUGAAAAAUCAAUCAGAAAGUGAUUUCAAAUCUAAAUUUCACUUGUUAAACUCUCAAGAAAACUCCGAAGAGAUCGUUUGGUCAUCCAGUGAUUCAAGUGACUACGAAAAUAAAUACUUCAAUGAAAACUUUACAAGAGCUAAGCAAACUGUAAAUAGGAAGAGGAAACGGGGCGAAAGAAGAAAGAAAAUCUCAACAAACACGUGCCCUUUAAAUAUUACCUUUGUUAAUACGUCUUUGGAAGAUAAAAGUGAAAGAAAUUGUGCAAAGUCACCUAUUUUACAGAAAGCUAAUUUAUCACCUAUUUUAACAGAACGUCAGCAAUAUUUUGCACCUAUGCAGAAGGUAUUAAACUCGCCUAUAUUAGCUUGUAACAGUAAAAAGUCUACUUGUAUAGAAACUACUGCAAGCAGAAGUCCUAUUAUAGUCUUAAAGCUUGAAUCGCCGAAAGUCUCGCCCAGAGUUCGAAAAAAACUUUUUAGCAACAAUAAUAACAUUGAAAUUAAACCGAUAAAUAAAGAAAGUGCGAGAAGUAAAUCUCCAGUAUUGAAUUGUAGUAAAAAUACAAAAAAAUCAAGACCUACAGACUCUAUAAUUCAAAAUAAUUCUAUAAAGUUUCACAACACCAUCACAGAAGAUAUAGUAAAUAAUGAAAAUAAAAUCUUUAACAAUAAAAUUUCACUGGAGGAUGAAAUAACAUUUGAUAAAAAUUUAAAUGAUACAUUGUCAAGUAAAAUGUCAAGUGUGGCAUUGCUUGAGAGGGUUAAAUCAUAUUUUGAUGGGCAUUUUAGUUCUGAAACCCCAUCCGUACAGUCCAUAAGUGAAUAUGAUACUUCACCAAAAGAAACUUCUAAAACCAGUGAAGAAAUUGAAAUAAUCAACUCUCAAACUGAAGCUAAACAUUUACGUGAGACUGUAAUGUUAGAAAAUAGGUCAUCAUCAGAUAGUUUGAGAAGCUUCGAGUUUCGUGAAGAUAAAUCUAAGAAGGUCCGAUACAAGAAGGGCGGACUGGCAUAUCGUCUCAAUUCUUUAUUAAAAAAACAAAAAGCUAACAUUAGUCUAUGGCAGCAUGAGAGAUUUUUAGCAGCUAACUCAAAUUUUGUAAUACCCAAUGACAACUUCACUGCAUUCCAUAUUCAAAAUGUUACUUUUCAAUAUGGCUGCUAUGUAUUACAAGUUAUAGAUGUAAUGGAGAAGAAAUAUUUCAUUGUAAUUAAUAAUUUGAAUAUGAAUUGCAACAAUUUAGAACAAUUCAAUGUUUUUAAACUCUACAAACCUUUCAAUAUCAUAGAUUACAAUUCAGAGUACCAGCUUAUUGUAAAUGUCAGUAAAACUGAAUGUACUGAUAUAAGUAAAUAGUAUGUAUAUAAUAUACUAUAAACAUGUUACUGUAUGUGCCAUAUUAUUAUUAUUAUUAUAGGACUGAAUGUUACCUAAUAGUUAAACAUUCAAAGAAUACUUUUUUUAAAAUGGACAUUAAUUAUUUUGAAAUAUCAAUUUUAUAAGCAAAUCCCUUUGGGUGGCCUUAAUAUAAAUGUUAUUUUUUGUAUGGACAAUAAUAUGAAAACAAUAAUUGCUAUUGGAUUUGUUUAUUAUAAUUUUAAGCGUUAAUUGAGAUAAUUUAGACAUAAUAGAAAUAAUAAAUCAAUUUAUUUUAGAAUACAAUUUUUAUUCCUAUGCGAACAUUGUAUAUUCUGUGUGCUUAUGUAUUUUUUUUUAUUGUUACAAUUCACUUCUUCCAUUCGAAAGUCAUCAUUUUAUAAUUUUUUUUGUCCUUAUUACGUUUUAACGAUAGUUACCUAGAACUUGAAAUAUUACAGACUAAAAAUUUUCAACCUAUAUUGGACCCCUGAUAGGAGAGAAAUUUUCAAAAUUCUUGAAGCAAUGCAAGUACAUGCCUAAUGCAUCAAUAGGUACCCUGGUAGUCCUAUUGAUGUAGGUUUAAUUUUAUUUAUACCAGGCUGGUACAUAUAAAUAGAAGUGUACUUUUUAUCACGAAAAAAAAAAUAGUUUACAGAUAUGUGAAAAACUGAAUUCGCUAGCUAGUUCAAUAGAUUACCAUACGAUUUUACAAAUAGUUCUAAUUCAAACACCUUUUCUUUAAAGUUUCUACCCUUCCCUGUAAAGUUAGGUCUAUAGACCACAACUAAAAUGUGUGUGUGAUGUGGAAUGUUUAUCAGCAAAUCACAUAGUAAUUAUAACGAGUCUUUACAAGCAACGUACUGAAGCCUGUGAAACCCAUUAAAAAAACUGACGUCACGCGUCUUCUUGACAACCGCUUAUACAGACUUUUUUCAUAAUUUGUAUUUUAAAAUUUAACUGACUUGAGAAUGUAUUACUUUUUGAAUUUCGUAUUUGGAACGGCUACGACACCGUCGUGUUCCGUACGCUCCAUCUGUAUAUUAUUUGAUUCAUCUACUUAUGCAACAAAUAAAUUAAAAAUGAAGGUAGAAAAAAUGUCAUUUCAUUACUCAAAAUUUGAUAGUAUAGUUUUUACAUAUUCAAAAUAUAUUGGCUAUAAGUAUCUAAUUAUAUUAUGAAACAACAAAAAUAACAAAUGAAUUAAAAUUAUUAUUAACUACUAGCGACUUAUACCCUCAUUUUUAAUUUGUUUGUUUAAAAACAUUGCACAGAGAGUUUCGCUCGAGUGUAGGAAGACUAGCAAGUAGCAACGAGGUCUCAUAAAUGUACUUAUUAUUAUUACGUAGAAUUUACUCUUAACAAAGCCUAACAUGUUGUCUAUUUCCGUCAUAAAAAUAAAUCCCAUUCGGUAGAAUAUGAAAGCUUCCGUGUUAUGGCAACACUGAAGAAAAGCUCAAAGCGCUUCAGUUUCAGACUUCAGUCAAUAAUCCGAAAGCGACGCGAAUACGAUACAGUUCGUGGAAAAACCAUUAAAUCUUCGCCUCGUUUAUAUAUUUCCAUACAAAAUAACAAUUCAUGCAAUUCCAUUUACAUUUGGUUUACAUUUUAUCUGUUGACUAGUUUUUUUUUAAAGUGAUAAUGUUCUUUUUUUAAAACAAGGUGUAUUAGUGUUAGUGGUCGUCAAUAAAUCAACCUGUAUUAUUGAUUAGGGUUGUUACCAAAAACGAGGUAUGGUAAUUUUGUUUUCGUCAUGUCAUGCCCUUUGAUGUUUAGAACUGUAAAUGUUUUAUAAUUAUAAUAUAGUGAGUAUUUAUAAAUUAAUAUAUAACAAAUUUGAACAUCAUGCAACUAUUAAUAACAUAUUAUGCGAAACUUAGUGAUGUAUGAAUGUAUGAUAAUUUCGAUUACGUCAAAAGUUUUGAACGGAUGUGGUUUUUGGUACAGAAAUAAAUAGAAUAAAUCUUGAAA